UAUUUUUCCGGAAAAACUCCAAAUAAAUUUCUUUUGUGAUUUUGUGAUUGAAUUUUUUUCUUUCAUUAAAAGAAAAUGGACAAUUUAAGAAGAGAAGAAGAAAUUAUUCGAGACUUAAAGUCCAAAUUAUAUAAUUGUGAACUAGAAUUAGAUGGAGUUAAAUCUUUGAAUGAAUCGCUGACAAAAAAAGUCACACUCAUGACCAAUAAUGAAAUAGAAAUAACUCACUUAAAAGCGGAAAAUAGUAGAUUAAGGGAUGAAUGUGUAAAAAGCUAUCAAGAAAAAGAAGAUUGUAUGAGUUUGAAUUAUACUUUAAGUGAACAAAUAAAGGAUUUACAAGAAGAAGUUAAUGCUUUGAAAAUGAGAAGAAAUACAGGUUUUGAGGAAUUGGUUAAGCAUCCUUGCACUUGUGAUUCAUGUAAUACUACUAUAACUGGAAUUCGUUAUAAAUGUGGACAUUGCGCAGAUUUCGACCUUUGUAGUCUUUGUAUAGGGACAUAUCAUGAUUAUAAUCAUGUAUUUUUAAAAAUUCGACAUCCCGUACAUAUUGAUUCAAGAGUUGUUUUAUUAUCUCCUUUUAGAUAUUAUCCUGGUGGAUCAGUUCAUAAUAGUGUUUAUUGUGAUAUUUGUGGAAAAAGUCCAAUUUGUGGAAUUAGAUAUAAGUGUGGAAAUUGUCGAGAUUUUGAUGUUUGUGGUAAAUGUGAAGUAAGCAUAAGCAAAUUACAUGAUGAAUCUCAUAUUUUUAUAAAAUUAAAUAGACCAGUUUACCCUGAUGUUGGAUUCGAAAAUACACCACUUUUACCAAAUUUCAUUCCUAUUAUUUAGUGAAUUAAAUUGGUUUUAUAGUAAAGUUAUAUUUAUUUAUAAGAGGAAGUAGAGAAAGUUGUAAUAAACUUCAACCCCCCUUCCACACUAACCUUAUUAUGAUUUAAUAAUGUUAUAAGAUUUCUAUUGUUUCUGCAAGUCAGAGUGAGAUCCCCUUUUUUUAAUAAUAUCACGCAAUCAAUCAUUACAGUAUUAUGUACGUCAUUGAAUUUUGUAUUACAUUGAUUACAUUAAUAUAGCGAUGAUCUAUUUUUUUUUUUUU